AUGACUAUGGAACACGUGCUGCCAGGAAGUGAAGCCAGAUUGGAGCCCCGGCUGGGAGCCCAGGAGCCCUCUGCCUCCAGGAUGCUGUGGCUGUGGCUGUCCCUGCUGUGGGCAGUGGAGUGCGCCUGUGGAGAGGGGCUGUGGAGGAUGCCCCAUGACGCCCCUCGGACUCCCUGGGGGUGCAAUGCUAAGGAUCCGAGCUAUGGGCUGGAUGCAUUGCCGUCCGUGACGGUGCAGCAGGGUCUGUGUGUGCUGGUGCCCUGCAACUUCUCCUACCCCAACUCAGGGCCUGGCAAUGUCUCUGGCUACUGGUUCCAUGAAUGGGCUGAUACAGACCACGACUCUCCAGUGGCCACAAAUGACCCUGUUCGGAGUGUGCAGGAGGAGACCCAGGGCCGCUUCCUCCUCCUUGGGGACCCAACAACCAAGGACUGCUCCCUGAGCAUCAGAGACGCACGGAACAGCGACACCGGGUCGUACUUCUUUCGGAUGGAGAAAGACAAUGUGAAGUGGAAUUACUGUGCAAACCGAGUCUCAGUGAACGUCACAGCCCUGACCCACAGCCCCGACAUCCUCCUCCCUGGGACCCUGGAGUCUGGCCGUCCCAGCAACCUGAACUGCUCUGUGCCCUGGGCCUGUGAGCAGGGGACGUCCCCCACCUUCUCCUGGGAGGGGACCUCUGUGUCCUCCCUGGGUGCCAGCAUCAUCCACUCCUCAGUGCUCACGCUCACCCCGCGGCCACAGGACGACGGCACCUACCUCACCUGUCGGGUGACGUUCCCUGCAGCUGGUGUGACCACAGAGAGAACCAUUCAGCUCAAUGUCACCUGGAAGUCGAGGCCCGUGGCCCAGGAGGUCCUGGGGGCCAUCGGGGUGCUGGCUGUCAAGAUGGUGCUCCUCGGCCUCUGCCUGGUCUUGCUCAGAGUGAGGUCCUGCAGGAAGAGGGCAGCGAGGCCAGCGAGGCCAGCGAGGGGUGUGGAGCGUGGAGACGCUGUCACGGGUUAGUCCAGGUCAGUGACCCAGCGUCUCACCAGGCCCAAGCCCCGGGACCCCUCCCCGCCAUGGUCCUGGAUGGCCAGCUCCCAUGACCACGGGCAACACCCUGUCCCCGUCCUGAAGCCCCCACUUCCUGCUGGGGUCC